AUAUCGGAACAAAAAUGAGACUUUGCCUCAAGACCAGAUUGACCACCACAAACACUCGACAGCCAGCUGAAUCCAGAGUUUGCUUUACAUUUGCUAACGCUCUGCAGAACCUUUUGGCUUUUCGGACACCUGGUAUCCUCUAACUCUACAACCAACUGUCAAAAUGAGCACACAUAGGAGCGAAGAGGUCGUCAUUGACACCACCUGCACCACCGUCCACACUCUGGGUCGGCAAAUAGGAAAGAAGGGCAGGCGGCUGCGCUAUAUGCAGAAAGAUGGCAGUUUUCCUGUGGUUUUCCAGAAGGCUCCUGGACACUGGAGCCCGUUCCUGAUGGACAUCUUCACCACUCUUGUUGAUACCCGCUGGAGGGUGAUGUUCCUGAUAUUUUGCCUUUCGUACGUUCUCUCCUGGCUCUUAUUUGGCCUCUGUUAUUGGCUCAUUGCGGUCGUGAACGGCGACGGUGAGAACGAAGAUGAUGAUCUCUGCAUAUACAAUGUCCGCGGUUUCACCGAAGCCUUCAUGUUCUCAAUGGAGACCCAGGCAACUAUCGGCUAUGGCUUCAGGGGGAUGUCUGAGAACUGCAUUGUGGCCAUUAUCGUGGUGACAGUUCAAGACAUCUUUAGCUGCCUCCUUGACACCAUUAUCAUUGGUGUUGUUGUGGCUAAGAUGGCAUCUCCUCGUAAGAGAGCCCAGACUGUGGGUUUUAGCAGCAGGGCAACGGUCAACCUGCGAGACGGAGUUCUGUGUCUGUCAUGGCGCCUCGGAGACUUCAGAGGUAAUCACAUGGUGGAGGGCGUCGCCAGGGCCCAGUUAGUGCGCUGCGUAAAACAGUCUCAGGGGUCAGGGGUCGUUAUGUCCUAUAAGGAUCUGGACAUCCAGAACCGGGAUAUUGUCCUCGCCAUACCAACCACUGUUAUCCACAGGCUGGAGCCUGGAAGUCCAUUCUACAGCCUGGGCCCAGAGGACCUGCUGGGGGAUGAGUUUGAAGUGGUGGUGUCUUUCACUUACACCGGAGACUCCACGGGUAUGCUCCACCAGACCCGCACCUCCUACUCGCCAGUGGACAUUCACUGGGGCCAGCGUUUCACCGACAUGUUGAAACUGGGCAAGAGGCACUACAAGGUGGACUACGCUCUGUUCAACGAGACCACAUGGGUGCCGGUGCCUUUGCUCAGUGCAGAGCAGUAUGACCGAGAGCGGCGUCCCGUCGAGAGCAGCGGCUCGUUCCGUCGGCCAGGGAAGAGAAAAGGACACACGUUUCAUGUGAAUCAGGAGAUCACAGACGAGGAGAUGCAACAGACUUGUUUGUAGCUUGAGCUGCCGCUGUGCAGGCACGGCGUACUGUAAAUAUAUUUAUAUGUGACUUUGGACAAUUCAUUAGACUGUUUUUGUGUAUAUGUAUAUAAAUAUAUACAUAUACACAAAAACAUAUAUAUAUAUAUAUGUUUUGCGUGUAUAUAUCUUACUCAGCAUCUGCCCUUUUGCCUUCUGAUAAGGUGAGGGCAACAGUAUAAGAACAAUUAUCUGUAAGAACAAGGGUCACAACUGUAUUUUUUUUUUUUUU